AUGGUGCUAGAACUGUGGAAUUUUGUGCUGGAGCUGCUGUUCUGGCUGUGUGUUCUGCCCUUGGCUGAGGGUGGCAAAGUGCUGGUGAUGCCCAUGGGUGGAAGCCACUGGCUCACCAUGCGGGAUGUUGUGCGGGAACUCCACGCCCGAGGCCACCAAGCUGUGGUCCUUGCACCAGAGGUGAAUCUGCACAUCAAAGGAGAGGGCUUCUUCACUCUGCAAACCUUCCCCACUUCUUAUUCCCAAGAGGAAUUUGGCCACUUUUUCCAACGUCACAGACAAAUGAUCUUUAAGAGACAAAAUCUUCUGAAGACAUUAUUGGAAAUGGUUGAAAGCAUGAAAAAUGGCUCUCAGAUGCACAGCAGGACUUGCUCAGAACUACUGCACAAUAAAGUCAUGAUCAGGCACUUGAAUGAGAGUGCCUUCGAUGUGGUUCUAACUGACCCAAUGAAUCCAUGCGGGGCACUGCUGGCUAAGUACCUGUCAGUUCCUGCUGUGUUCUUUUUGCGUUUUAUUCCCUGUGAUCUGGACUUUGAGGCCACACAGUGUCCCAACCCUUCCUCCUAUAUUCCCAGGCUCAUGACAAUGAACUCAGACCACAUGACCUUCCUGCAAAGGGUCAAGAACAUGCUCUUCCCUUUGGGCAUGAAGUACAUUUGUCAUAUUAAUCACAGCCCAUAUGCAAGCCUUGCAUUUGAGCUUUUUCAGAGAGAUGUGUCCUUGGUGGACAUUCUCAGCCAUGGUUCUGUGUGGCUGUUCCGAGGAGACUUUGUGCUGGACUACCCUAGGCCCAUCAUGCCCAACAUAGUCUUCAUUGGGGGCAUCAACUGUGCCAACAGGAAGCCACUCUCUCAGGUCUGUAUUGCUGCUUUUCUCCCAUCAGUUCUCUAGUUAGGAAAAAAAUUAAAGGAAAAGCUUCUAAGUGCUUCCUUGUCUACUCAUCUUGCAAGGAGUUCUAACUGUGGGAGUUAAAGGGAGAGGAAUUGUAAGAGUGUCCACAUGUAG